UCUGAAAGAAAACCACGAUAAUUAUUACUUAGUAACAUCUUAACAAAAGUACCCGAGCGAGAAAAAUAAGUGAUACCAAGCUUUUCAUUGUGAGUGCGUGUUUGUGUCAUUCACCGUGAUCGGCGAAUCAUUUACCCAUACCAGCGAAGAUUUGCAAAGUAACGAAAACUGGCCACAUAGUCACAAAGACUCAGCUGUGCCAGUGUGACCUUUCGAGUGUUGACAUCGUGAACUAUACAUACAAUAUUUAAGCUCACAGAACUCCAGUGCGACCUUUCGGGUGUGCGAACUUUGACAUUGUGGGCGGGCGGUAGGCGGGCAAUGUCUGCCUGAGCUAAGGAGAAAAAGAACAAGAGGAGAGGGUUGACUUGAAACUUGCGGUUAUCUAGUGGUGAAGUCAGGGAGGGCAACAGGUGUGGGCUGUAUGUGUGAGGACAGAGCUAAGACCAACACCAAGAUGAACCCGCUGUUCUGGUUACCGCGGUCCCGCCCAGCCUCGCGGACCCCGGCUACCCGCACCUGUUCCCGGCCCCACUCCCCUGGGGGCUACUACUACUACACCAUGUCACCCUCCUUCAAGUUCUCCCGGAAGGCGUCCUCGUCAUACUCCCUCAAGCUAGAACCAGUGAGAGGCGGGGGUGGCAAGAACAAAGGGCGGAGGAAACCUGUGUCCACCCCAGCCUCCCCCAGCCGGACGAGAGAACCCCAGUGUACGUGCAUGACAGCCGAGCAAUAUGCUAGACUCCGUGCACAAGACCCCAGAUAUAGAGAAGACAGUGGACAAAUUGAAAAUAGCAUUUUAUGCAAGUGCAAACAUAACUCUUAUGAGACCACAGACACAGAAAUAACAGAAAACGGAGAUGUAAGAAAAAAUUAUAUUAUAGAAAAUGGUUUCCACCAAGAGAGCACCUGCAGGGCGGCCUCCGACUCUCCCCCAGAAGUUUACGAUAAUCUUCAGUUUGAGAAAAGUGCGUCGACUUUGCCGCGUACGCAGGGAGGCCGUGGGGUGGUUGAGGGCCCUGCCAGCCGCACCGCCAACCACGGUGCGGCUCAUACCACAGCCACCAGCACCAACACCACCCAGGCAGCCAUGUGUGACACGAUGGCCUCGCGCCGUGGGGGAGACGGCUAUUCCACCAUGAAGCUCGGUGGUAAUCGUGACCCUCGCCAGCCACCCUCACACCAUGCCUCACAUGCCUCCUUACACCAUAAAAGUGGCACAGGAGUCGGCACUCUCUCACGUAAAGAAGAAGCUUCUGCUGCUGCUGCUGCCGCUGCCGCUGCUGCUGCUGCUGUUUCUGCUGCCAAUGAUCGAAGUGGUGAAACCCCGACAUCAGGCAGCCGCGACAACCGCAGUCUUCGUGGCAGCCGAAGGGAACUCUCCUCCAAGAGUGUGGACUACUCAGAGAUGGACACAGUACGAGAGACGGACACUCUGCGGCGCCGUGCCCGUAGCAAGAGCACCGACGACGUGACUAAAGGUAACUCAGACUUUGAAAAUAAUGUGGCAACACCAAGUUCACCCACCAGUCAGCUACUACAAGAAUAUGAAAUGCAUCUGCGGAACACAUUGGCGAAGGGCAUGGAUGCAGAGAGCUACAGCCUUCACACCUUUGAAGCGCUCCUUACACAGAGCAUGGAAAAUCUGGAACGAGCCGGAGCCAUGAAAUCAACUGCAAAACACAAUCAGCAAUACAUGUUAUUACAACAACAAAAACAACAAAUACAGCAACAUUAUCAACAAAAAUUACUACAGCAGCAACAGCAACAACAGCAACAACAACAACAGCAACAACAAAAACAAUUACAACAACAACAACAACAGCAACAAUUACAACAACAACAACAUCUACAACAACAACAACAACAACAACAGUAUCAGCAGUUCCAGCAGCCUCAUGUUAAAGUCCAUCCCCCUGCUGACUCUGGCAAAAGGAACCUCAACAAUAAGUAUGGAACACUACCAGCGAGUACGAGAGGGUCAGAGCGGUCCCUUCCCGCUGCAGCACUUCGUGAUGAACGUGACCACAGCGGCUAUUUCAGCGAUCGCAAUGACAGCUACGGGAGUCGUCGUGAUCUCUAUGACCGUGGCUAUAUGAGUGACCAUGAACGAAGGGCAAGGCUGAGGUUCUACGAUCGGCAGGACAGCAUCCGAUCAGGCUACAUGAGUGACCGGGAGAGAGGCUACACCAGUGAUAGAGACUCGCGUGGCUACAUGAGUGAUCGAGAACGCUCAGGCUACAUGAGUGAUGGAGAACGUGGCUACAUGAGCGAUCGAGAAAGAGGAUACAUGAGUGAUCGUGAACGAGGCUAUGUGAGCGAUCGCGAAAGAAGCGCCGGCGCCGCUGCCGGCGUCGCCGUCGGUGCCGGUGCCGGUGCCGGUGCUGGUGCUGGUGCCGGCUACACGAGCAAUCGAGAGCUAGGCUACAUGAGCGAUCGAGAGAGAGGGUACAUGAGUGACCGUGAAAGAGGAUACAUGAGCGACCGUGAACGCGGUUACAUGAACAACCGAGAGAGAGGUUACAUGAGUGACCGGGACACGAGAGGUUACGCCAGUGACCGAGAACGAGGCUACGCCAGUGAUCGAGGCGGUUAUGGAAGUGACCGUGAACGAGGCUACUCCAGUGAUCGUGAGCACAGUGCUCUGGUCGCCCAGGCCUCCAUGGAGAGUGCUGAUUCCCGCCUCUGCUACCUCACGUCAUCAGAGGAGUCUGGGUGUUCCUGGAGUAUGGAACAGGAGUCUGGGUGUUCCUGGAGUAAGGAACAGGAGUCUGGGUGUCCCUGGAGUAUGGGACAUGAGUCUGGGUGUCCCUGGAGUAUGGAACAGGAGUCUGGGUGUUCCUGGAGUAUGGAACAGGAGUCUGGGUGUCCCUGGAGUAUGGAACAGGAGUCUGGGUGUCCCUGGAGUAUGGAACAGGAGUCUGGGUGUCCCUGGAGUAUGGAACAGGGUCUGGAAACAGAGUCUGGGUGUCCCUGGAGUAUGGAACAGGUCUGGGUGUCCCUGGAGUAUGGAACAGGAGUCUGGGUGUCCCUGAGUAUGGAACAGGAGCCUGGGUGUCCCUGGAGUAUGGAACAGGAGUCUGGGUGUCCCUGGAGUAUGGAACAGGGUCUGGGUGUCCCUGGGUAUGGAACAGGGUCUGGGUGUCCUGGGUAUGGAACAGGAGUCUGGGUGUCCCUGGAGUAUGGAACAGGAGUCUGGGUGUCCUGGAGUAUGGAACAGGAGUCUGGGUGUCCUGGGUAUGGAACAGGAGUCUGGGUGUCUGGAGUAUGGAACAGGGUCUGGGUGUCCCUGGAGUAUGGAACAGAGAGUCUGGAUGUCCCUGGAGUAUGGAACAGGAGUCUGGGUGUCUGGGGUGGAACAGGAGUCUGGGUGUUCCUGGAGUAUGGAACAGGAGUCUGGGUGUCCCUGGAGUAUGGAACAGGAGCCUGGGUGUCCCUGGAGUAUGGGAUGGUAAUGGAAGUAGUCGCAGGUCGUCCUUAG